UUUAAUAUCCUUUGGUCUCAUAUGUCUGAUCAUUAACUGAAUUGUUCUACUUAUAAAAGAAACAGAGAUCACAUAUAUCUUAAUUACCUUGGUCCUCAUAUAUCUAUUCAUUUAAAUAUGAUUAUUAUACUUGUUGAUGUUGAACAGCCUGUUUGUGCUGUCAGUUGUUGACAACACAUGUCCGUAUGAGAAUCUUACUGCUGAUCACAUGAGACUAGGAUUUUUUUAUCACAAGUGCUUAUAAGCUUCCUUACACAAUUUUUGAGUAAUUUGGAAGUCACCUUCAUUCUCAUCAUUGAACAUACUCUUGUCGAGCAGUUCAUAGACAAGGCAGGACAUCAUAUUUGCUUUUGCUCUUAGUUGUGACUGGCUCUGUUUGCAAAAGUCGAUGCUCAUACUCGAGGUUUUGACCUUCUGAUAUUUUAUCUCCAGAUAAAAUGAGGCCAGAAGAUGUUGGGCUAAGCACGGAUUUACUCUUCUUUAAGUCCAAGAGUUCUUCCAAAGGAACUCCAAGGAUCACAUAUGCCACCAUAUACAAGUGUGAUAACUUUUCGAUGUGUAUAUUCUUCUUGCCCCCAAAAGCAGUUAUUCCUCUUCAUGACCACCCCGGAAUGACUGUUUUCAGCAAACUACUUGUAGGAUCAAUGCAUAUAAAAUCUUUCGACUGGCUCGAUCCUGCCACAUCAAGUUUCUCUACACCCUCAGCUAAAUUGAGACUGGCAAAGUUGGUGCUUGAUUCUGAGUUCACUGCUCCUUGCAACACCUCCAUUCUUUAUCCAACAACUGGAGGGAACAUCCAUACCUUCACAGCCAUCACACCAUGUGCUGUGCUUGAUGUUCUAGGACCCCCUUACUCGAAGGAAGAUGACCGUGACAUUACUUACUAUCAGGAUCAUCCCUACAGGAAAUAUUCAGAUGGUGAUACUGACCAAGGUGGAGUGGAGGAUCAUUGCCAUGGAUGGUUGGAAGAAAUUGAUGUAUCCAGGUAUUUGAAGAUGGAUGGUGUGGCGUACCUGGGCCCACAGGUUAUAGAUGGUUGACAACAGUUCUGACCAGUUUUAGGUCAAUACUCCCCAUUUGGAGCAGUGAUGUCAUUUACUUCUUUUCUUCUUCUUAAGUUUCUUUUUCCCGUUUUGUGAGUCUGAUGUCAAGAUGUGCAAAGGUGGAAUUGUUUUGAAGGUGAUAACACCAUGGUUUUGUACUGCCUGGAUUAUCAAUAUCUGUUCAACUCCUAGUCAUGGACUUCACUUUUUCUCUUUGAUUCUGGGCUAUGGCAAUGGUCAAAUUCAUUCA